AGUUUGGCGUUGCCAUGGUAACGGCUUUUCAAAAAACGAAACAAAACAAGCUAAAUAUAAUAAACAAAAACAAAGAAAUGCGUUUUGAAAUCUAGCAGGCCUUGAAAAAGAAAUAGUCAACAAGAAAGUAUAAAAUAUGAUGCACAAGGGCAAGGACAUGAAGCGCACUGGAGUUUAUCGUGUGAGUGGCAACAUCGGAGACUUUCAACUGCUGCUGAAGCUGCGCCACAUCAGCGAGUGGCUGCCGGUGCCGAAGUUCGAGUACAACGGCGCCCCCAAUACGGCCGUACAUGGCGAGCAGUAUCCGGAGACGGAGGAGGACCGCUGGUCGGACUGCUUCAUCCAUGUGCCGCAGGACGACGAAGUGUAUGGCAGCGGGAAGAAUCGCAUUGGCUAUUAUGGCAGCUACUACAGCGUGCCCAGUGGAACUGGCAGUGCCGGCAAUCCCGUCACCUCCAUAGUACGACGGCGCAAGAGUCCCAGACCCCCAAAAGCUAUAGAGGCUCCUCCCGAAGAGCAGGCGCAAGAGAAUCCUCAGGAGGAGGCUCACACGGAAGAAGAGGACGACGAGGAGGAGGAGGAGGAAGUGAAGAAGGAGCUUCCAGCCAUCAAAGCAGCAGUGCCUCAGCAGGAAGCAUCCCAUGAUUCGCAAGAGGCCAUCUACCAGGAUCCCCAGCGGAGUACAUUCUCCGAAACUGGCGGCGAUUUGUUCUACGAAAGGAACAGAGAGCUCUGCAAUGGAGCCAUGGCCUCCAUUCGCAUAUCCUGGCAGCAGAAGUACUUCAGUCACACGGAACUCCAGCGCCAUCUCACAGAUCCGGGCGCCUGUGCCUCCAAAACCCAGAAACGCUACCACAACUGGGCGGUGGAGACGCUGGAAUUGCAGCAGCUGCAUCUCCAGAAACUGGAGGCGCAACGAGAGCGUAACCACGAGAAGGAACAGGAUCUGGAGCGGGUGCGAGUGCGCCGCAAGCCGCGGAAAACCCGAACGCUGAGACCUCGUCCCGGCGUCACCGCUCUCUCCACGAUGCUCGUCAGCAAUGGGCUGUCGUCGGCCAAUAUGUCGGAGGUAUCGCUGGUGGAUGACCCUCUUUUUGCGGCCCGGACCUGCCUGAUUCACACCGUGGUGGAUGGCGACUCGGAGGAACUGCUGCCCCGGGAAGCCCACGAUCUGAAGGCCCAGGGCUAUCAGCUGAUGUAUGUGUACGCCGAUCUGCAGCAGGACACCCUCCUAGUUAGUAUACGCUACGAUCCUGCCCAGGGUCUGCUGUAUGUCUACCCGGACUUCAGUUCGAGUGCCCUGGAUCUGGACUAUGUGGUGCACAUCGAGAAGGACAACGAUUGCCGGCAGUUGUAUGCCUAUGGGUUUGAGAACGCCACGCCCUUGGAGCCGGUGGCUGCGGCAGAGGACGCUGAGGAGGAUGAGGAGGAGUCGGAGACGGAUUCCGAGGCGGAGGACCUUCCCGCCGAUGCCACAGCCUUGGAACUAUUGGACUUCUAUCAGCGCCAGAGGUCGGCCGCCACGGAGUUGCGUUCCCUGCUCCAUUUCGAUAUGCCGCCCAAGCGGAUGCGCCGGAUCUGCCUGCUCCUGGAACUGCAGGAGGCCCAGUUCUUCGAGCAUCCCAACAUCCAUGUACGGUACUAUGUCCAGCCGCCGCACCACACCCUCUGGGAGUCGUCCCUGGGCUCCGCUAUGGAGGAUCCCCUGAGAGGUUCGACUGCCACUUGCCGGAACGCGGGUGACUUCCGGCUGGCCAACCUGGGUCACUGCUGGGAGCUGACCCUUCUCUGCGAGGAGAACCACCAACCGAACGAACUGAUGCACAUCUACUUCGAGGUCAUCUCCAUUGAUUUCUGGCAACGUGAACGCUGCGAGGGCUACGCCCAUUAUUCCUGCUCCCUGAUCUCGCCUCUGACCACGGAGACAGUCACGAUGCAGUGCAUCCGGCCACUGGGCAGCUGGUUGGACUCCCUGAAUCGUUACUUCAUUGGCGGCCGGCAGCUCUUCGACUUUGUCUCGUACUUCGAUGCCCAGAAUGUCCAGAAGGAGCUGCACAAUCGCUUGAAUCUGGACACCGGCAAGGCCAUGAGGAGCACUGGCUACUUGGUGCUCCAUGUCCGGAAGCUGCAGCAGCGCCACAUCGAAGCCUCUGUCGGGCAGCUGCAGCUGGACCUGAGCGACAGUACCAGCGAGUCCAGUGGCUCCGACGAAGAUGCCAGGUCCACCUCGGUGGCGGACACCGCCAGGGCCACCACUCUGGACGAGGUGAUGACCGCCUACGUGGAGGCCAGGGAGAGAAUAGAGUCCCUCCUGGUGAAAGCCAUCGAGGCUUAGGGGCAGGGGACUCUAGAAACCUGCAACGACUUACCAAAGCAUACUUCCAGGCUUGAAAUUUAAAUAAAAUGGAAAUAAUUUUAUAAAAAA